UUUUAACCUUUGAUACGUUUGUUUUUUGAGUACAAUCAUUCAAUGCUUGUUGCCCAUGAUUACCACCGUUAUCUUUGGUUUUUGAAAGGUUUCUGACACAAACUCCCCCACUUUCCCAGAGUUUUUAAGCGAAGAUGGGUGAAGCUGUUCUCAGUGCGGUUGUGGAAGGAGUGGUGUCAAAAGCUACUUCAGUUGCCAUACAACAUAUCAACCUUGGAUGGGGUUUCGAAGAGGAGUUGGAAAAGCUGGGUUAUUCACUGCCCAUAAUUCGAGCUCUCUUGCAAGAUGCAGAGGAAAGGCAGAGAAACGACAAGUCAGUGAAGCUAUGGCUGGAUAAACUCAGAGACGUCGCUUAUGAGGCUGAUGAUGUGCUAGAUGAGUUCACUUACGAAAUUCUUCGAAGGAAAGUUGAGAUUCGAGACCAAAUCAGGAGAAAGGUACUAUACUUCUUUUCUCCCUCCAAUCCCAUCCUGUUUCGUCUCAAAAUGGAUAAAAAAAUUAAGGACAUUCAUAAAUCCGUGGAUGGCCUUAACAAAUUGGCCGAUCAGCUUGGUCUCCAGCAGAGAGCUAUUGACGUAACUCCUGUACUUGGAGCAUCAAACGAAGAGACAGUCUCCUUCCUAGACGACUCCAAAAUUGUUGGGAGGAAAGCUGAUGUCUCAAAAGUAGUUGACUUGCUAAUCAACCCGAGUGAUGGGCAGAUUAUCUCUGUUAUACCUAUAGUAGGUAUGGCAGGUCUUGGGAAAACUACUUUGGCAAAACUAGUGUACAAUGAUGUUGAAGUGGAAAGGCACUUUGAUGUAAAAUUCUGGGUAUGUGUGUCAGAUAACUUUGAUGUCAAAAGGAUUUUAAGACAUAUGUUAGAACAUCUUACUGACGAAAACACUACAUCGUUUGAGAACAAGAAUUCGAUUCUUGAGAAAUUUAAGAAGAAGUUAGAAGGGAAAAAGUAUCUUCUUGUUCUUGAUGACCUGUGGAGUGCUGAGAAGUGGGAAGACCUAAGGCUUUGUUUGUUAGGAGUCAAUAGAAACAAGGGGAAUAAAGUUAUUGUAACAACCCGGAAUGAACUUGUGGCACUAAAAGUGCAAACACUUGUUGAUCAAUGGCACCACCCCGAAGGACUAACCCACGAUGAAUGUUGGUCCAUAAUCAAAGAAAAAGCAUUUAAAAGCUCUGCAACAUCUCAAGAAUUACAGUCAAUAGGAAAGGAAAUUGCAAAAAAAUGUAAAGGUGUUCCAUUAGUAGCAAAAGUGAUAGGAGGGACGAUGCGCAAUGAAAUGGGCCAAGAGGCAUGGUUGAACAUUCAUAGAAGUGAUGUUUGGGGCUCAGUGGAAGAUGCAUUGAGAUUAAGUUUUGACCGGUUGUCUUCACCUCUCAAAAGGUGUUUUGCAUAUUGUGCCAUUUUCCCUAAAGACUUCCGCAUUGAGAAAGAACAGUUAAUUCAACUUUGGAUGGCUGAAGGUUUUCUUCAACCACUUCAUGGUAGUUCUAUGUCAAUGAUGGAUAUUGGUAAUAAACACUUCAAUGACUUGUUGUCUAAUUCCUUAUUCCAAGAUGUGGAGAAGGAUGCGUGUGGAAAUAUUAUAACAUGCAAGAUGCAUGACAUGGUGCAUGAUUUUGCAAUGUCUGUUUCAAAAUUUGACAUCUUGAUUUUGGAGGCCGGUUCCUCUGGCCGCACAGAUAUUUGCAAUGUUCGGCAUCUUAAUGUGAUUGACUAUAGGGAAUCAUUACCAACUGUCUUAACAAGUGCUGCUCCAAAAUUGCACUCUCUGUUUUCAAAAAUCGAUGUCUUCCAAAAAAGGUCAAGUACCUUCAAAAGCUUACGAGUUCUAAAUUUUUAUGGUGCUAAUCAUGUCUAUGAGUUGCCAGCUUCCCUUGGAAAGUUGAAGCACUUGAGAUAUUUUGACAUCUCAAAAUCUCGUAUCAACACAUUGCCUAGAUCCAUCACCAAACUUUACAAUUUGCAGACGUUAAGAUUCAUGCGUUGCUGGUCACUCACACUGCCAGAUGGACUCAGGAAUUUAAUAAGCUUGAGGCAUAUUCAUUUUGAUCAUGAAACACUUCAACCAGUUGAGAUUGGACACCUUACCUCUCUUCAAACAUUGACAAUGUUCAUUGUGGGUCUAGAAAAGGGACGUCUAAUUGAAGAGCUAAAAUGCUUAGAUGAACUGUGUGGAGAAUUAAAGAUAUGCAAGCUUGAACGUGUUACAGACAAAGAAGAGGCUAUGAGAGCAAAUUUAUUGCAUAAGACAAAAUUAUGCAAGCUAAUAUUUGAAUGGAGCUCUGCAAAAGAUAGCUAUGGUAACACUGAGGAAGUGUUGGAAGGUCUCCGACCUCACUCAAAUUUGCACAGCUUAAUUAUUAGGAAUUACGCAGGAGAGAAUUUUCCUUCUUGGAUAGUAAGAAGUGUUGCUGGUUCCAGUACCUUGUUUUUGCUUAACAAUUUAAUGGAGUUGGAAUUGAUCGAAUGCAGAAGAUGUAAAAGCCUUCCGACACUUGGGCAUUUGCCCAGUCUCAAAAUUCUCAAACUGAAAAAGUUGAAAAGCGUCAAGUGCAUUACUAGCGAGUUUUAUUACAAUAACAGUAGCCAUGGAAAGGGUGCUGCAAUCACAUUGUUUCCUGCACUAGAGAAAUUCACCUUGGAUCACAUGACAAAACUAGAAGAAUGGGCAAUAGCAGACUCAGCAACAACAACUGCUUUUCCUUGCUUGGAGGAGUUAAAUAUUUUGUGGUGUCCUGUCUUGAAAAGUGUUCCAAUUACAAGGCAUCCUUCAUCUCUUCGAAAGCUUCAUAUCGAGUGGUGUGAAGAGUUAAGCAAUAUAGCAGAAGAGCUAUCCGCUUCCAAAUGUCUCAAGGAAUUAAUCAUAGAAGGUUGUUCCGAGUUAAGCUCCAUUCCGGAUUUGGAAGGAUUUUCUUCUCUCGUAAACUUAGAGCUUGUUCACUGUGACAAAUUGGAAAGUCUUCCUUUAAUGGGACGAUGUUCAACUCUUCAGAAGUUCCACAUUGAAGAGUGUAGGAAAUUAAUCGAUAUACGAGAUGGAUUAUCUUGCUCCACUCGUCUCAAAAGGUUAUUUAUAAAAUCGUGCCCUAAUUUAUCCUCUGUUCCAGAUUUAGAAGCAUUUUCCAGUCUUGAAAGUCUAGAAGUUUUUUGCUGUGACAAAUUGGAAAGACUUCCCAUAAUGGGGCGUUGUUCAUCUCUUCAAACUUUCCAUAUUGGCAGGUGUGAAAAGUUAAACAAAAUAGGAGAUGCACUAUCUAACUCCCCUUGUCUGGAAUCUUUAGUUAUUGAGGAUUGUGGUUAUCUGAGCUCCGUUCCGAGAUUGGACGGGCUCUUUUCUCUUAAAGAGUUGAUAGUUUGCCAUUGUCCUCGGUUGACAAAUUUUCAAAUAACAGGUGAAUUUUCAUCUCUUGGGGAGCUCCGUAUCGAAAAUUGCAGGGAACUGAGUUGUAUUGGGGAUGGACUGUCUACUUCCACACGUCUCCAAAAGUUGAGCAUACGCCUUUGUCCGAAGCUGAGCUCCAUCCAACCUAUAGAUGGACUUUCCUCUCUUAGGGGCUUGGACUUUACAGAAUCUGGCCAAGACUUAACUUGUGUACUACCAAGUUUACUGCAAUUCAAUAAUUGUCUUAGGGAGCUGACUAUAUCUGGUUUCUCUAAUCUGAUAUCUAUUCCAGAAAAUCUGGGGAAAUUGCAUUCUCUGGUUUACUUAAACAUCACGUGGUGUCCAAAAUUGAGGUGCAUUCCAGAGGACAUCCUUGGCUAUUUGACCCAUUUGGAAAGAUUGAGGAUUGGUGGUUUCUCAGAAGAGCUAGAGGAGUUCCCAGGUCUCAGUUCCGUCCAACACCUCCAAGCCUCCCUUGAAUAUUUGCAUCUAAUUGGAUGGGAAAAGCUAAAGUCUCUGCCGCCCCAACUGCAGUGCCUCACUGUCCUUAAAAAAUUGCGUAUAGAGAGGUUUCACGAAAUGGAAGCCUUGCCCGAGUGGUUUGGAAAUCUCUCAUUACUUCGACGGCUAAAACUUAUUUCUUGUCAUAAUCUCAUGCAUCUGCCUUCCCUGAAAGUUAUGCAAAGCCUUACCUUAAAGAAGCUUCAAUGUUCAGAUUGUCCUCGAUUAAAGGAAAGAUGCGCCAAAGACAGCGGUCCAGAGUGGUCCAAGAUUUCCCACAUUCCACGAACCUUUAUUGAUGGAUUAAGUAUGGGCCUUUACAUUACUCAUGUUAAGACCAAUAGAAGUAGAAACUGAAGUGAUUAGCAGAAAAGUAUCUGUCUCCUGGACUGGUGCAAUUAUUGUCCUUGCUUGAAGUUGGAAAUGCUGACUGCGUUUUGCGCAAACAUGUUAAUUGGAAGUGUCUCUGAUAUUGGAUGAUGAUUAAUUGCUCUCUCUUAGUACAGAGUGAUGCUCGUGCUUUUAGAACAUUCUUAAGUUUAACAGGAGUGAAGGAAGGACUCAGACGCAUUUUGUGGUGCAACAAAGUGAUUUUGACAACGUGGUUCUGUUAAACUUGUUGGCGGAGAACUAGUUGAAAGUGUUGCAGCCCAUGAUAUUAUUGGGCCCUUGACGUUUCAAUGUGCGUAGCAGCCAGGCGUUGCACAGGUUGCAUUUUGCUGACUUCAGUAUGGGAACUUUGUUCUGCCAUGUUGUACUGAUGGUGGUUUCAAUGUUGAUAUUUCAUGUUAAUCUUUGUAGUAUUCUCUUUCUUUUUUGCCAGUUUAUUCAUAUUAAAGCCCACCACUACUUCUGUAUCCCUAUAUCAAUGAUAAUUGUGGAGUGGUUAUAUAUGACAGAUAUGGCAAGAUAAUAUCUUUGGUCUGGAAAUUGUAUAUUCUGUCGCAAAAGAUUGCUGCAACUUGAUGGAAUAUUUGAAAAUGAAUUGAUCAGUUUUCUUGAUGCUAA